AUGGAGCGAUGCGAAGCUGAGAGGCACGACACGUGGCAGCAGCGCCGGUGGAACGCCGCGGCCGCGCAGCCGAACCACUCCGCUGCGUUCCCCAUGCGCGCCUUGGGAAACUCCGCUUGGGUCCGCGCGUCGCCCGCAGCAGCAGCUACCUCGCUGACCCGGUCGCAGCCAUGGCUGCGAGCGGCAGUGGCGGCAGCAGAGCCGUGGAGCGGCAAUGAACGCGCAGGCAGCGAGGCGCACGCGGCCGCCAUCCCUCAUAUGAGCAGCCCUACUAGCGGCCCAUGCAGCAGCAGCCUCGCGCGCACAUGGCGAGAGGCAGCGGGGGCGUGUCGCGAGCGCGAAGAGCGUUUGCCUUCCUGCCGCCGUGGCGCUGCUGCCGCGAGAGCCACAGGAGGUGCGCAGGGGUGUAGCGCGGCAAGCAGAGCCGCUGCUGCUGCUGCUGCUGCUGCUGCUAGCGCAGGUGGGAGGCAGGGUGUGCGUGGGUGUAGCGCGGUGGAGGAGGGCGCGAGAAGGACCCCAUCAGAGCGUUGCAAGCUGAGGCGCUCCCAAACAGCAGGAGCAGCGGAGCUGGCGGGAGGUGGAGAAGAGACGCCUAGCAGUGUAGAUGUUCAUGUGAGCGCGUGGCGUGUAGGCAGUGGCGCCAGAGAGAGCCCCACCGCUGCCGCCCUGACCUCCUCUCCCCGCCUCACUUCCUGUGCGCCCGCUGCCGCUGCUGCCGCUCCCCCCUGGACUGGCGGGGAGGGUGCAGAUGGGUGGAUGUGGGAGUAG